AUGAAAUCUGAAAACACCGCCUACUACUCCCGAGUUGUUGUGUUUGUUGCCGAUGGACUACGAGCGGAAUCAUUACUUAAACAUCAAGCCAACCGAACAAAUUUCCUGAAGGACGUAAUUCUGUCGAACGGAGCAUUCGGAAUAUCUCAUACUCGAGUACCCACUGAGUCAAGGCCUGGUCAUGUAGCUCUGUUUGCAGGAAUUUAUGAAGAUCCUAGUGCAGUGUUCAAAGGCUGGAAAGAAAAUCCAGUUGAGUUCGAUUCCGUCUUCAAUCGAAGUAACUUUGCAUUUAUUUGGGGUAGCCCAGAUAUACUCUCUGUUUUUUCCAAUGGAGCUGUAUCGGAAAAGAUUCGAACUGAUGCAUAUCCGGUCGAUAUCGAGAGUUUUGCUUUCAGCUCUAACACCAGCCUUUUAGAUACUUGGGUUUUUCAGAAAGUUAAAUAUUUUCUCUCUGACCCUGAACAUCGCCAAUUUAUUUUAAAGGAAGAAAAAAUCAUUUUAUUUCUACAUUUACUUGGAUUGGAUACAGCAGGGCACGUGCAUAAACCUUAUUCAGAUAAUUUUUCAGAAAAUUUAAUAAUUGUUGACGAAGGUAUUAAAGAAAUUGUAAAUUUGAUUGACGAAGUAACAAAUAGGGAUCGAAAAACUGCCUUCAUAUUUACCUCUGACCAUGGCAUGACAGACAGGGGUUCACACGGAUCAGGACAUUUUACUGAAACGGAAACUCCUUUUAUUGCGUGGGGUGCAGGCAUCCAACACUGGAGAAAAUCCUUGACUAAUGGUUACUUUGAUCACAUAGUUAUAGAUGGGGUUAACAUUCCAUCAUGGGAUUUAAAUCAAGCAGAUGUGGCUCCUUUGAUUUCGACGCUUCUUGGCAUCGCAAUUCCAAAAAACAGUUGUGGAAAGCUCCCACGCCAUUAUUUAAAUGCAUCAGAGUUCUAUAUAGCACACUCGUCAUGGAAAAAUGCCGAGCAAUUAUACCAGCAGUAUCGUCAAUGGCAUCACAAAUCUAAUCAAAAAUGGUUUCAAUGGUCGUUUUCUAAUAAGGAAACUUUAUAUUCUACUUCAAUUGAAAGACUCCGAAGGAAUAUUGAUGUAACAGAAAAAAACAAAAAUUACAAUGAAAUGAUCGUUUUAAGCGAGCAACUGCUCGAUGUAAUACUGGAAGCCAUUGACUACUACCAAACAUAUUACAAAUAUGAGUUACUGUUUGCUAUAUCUAUAGCAAUGGCAGGAUGGAUUUUAAUUACUACAGGAAAAAUAUUUCUAAAUGAAGGGUCUUUCGGAAAAAUCAGCGUUCAAUUGUGUUCUAGUGUAUUAGCAGCUGCUUUCGUUAUAUGCAUAUAUAACAUAUUGCAAGGAACACCGAUCAUUGUAACGUUUUAUUUUACGCUUCCUGUUUUAUUGUGGAUUCCUGUGCUUUCAAGAUGGAGAUUAUAUUUAAAAAUGAUCAACAAAAGAGUAAUUUGGCAAACGAUUAUUUUCCUGAUAUGUGCAGAAUUGUGCAAACUGGUUUCUCAAGAAAAUGGCACAAAGGAGAAGCGCGGACUGUCCAAGAUGCAGCUCGGAUUGCGGCAAGGAGCAUCGACAGUGGAUGCAAUUCAGACAGUGCUCAAGAGUUCUGAGAAGGUAGCCUCAUUUUUUCAACGCGAAGUUAUCAGUGGAUUUCUAAUCGUGCAAACUGGUUUAAUUGCAUCGCGAAUCUACAAGAAAAGAAAGCAAAAUGGGUUGUUAUUCUUUGUUGUAUUAAGCAAUGCCAUAUUGGCAAUAUUCCCUCUCAUACCUACCGUAGAAAAGGAUUCAAAUAAUCCUCAACUGCUUUCUUUAGGGAUAUUUCUGUGGGCCCUUGUAAUUUUGAUUGCUUGUGCAAAAUCUUAUGAGGGUUUCUUUUAUCGCUCGGCUCAAUUUAUUUUCGUUAUGGUUUUAAUAUUCAACAUGUUAUAUUGUAUCGGCAUAGCCAAAAAUGGAUUCAAGUCGAACUGGAUAAAUCAAAUCAUUUCAUGGACACUGGUUGCUACCUCAUUUCUCAUCCCGUUGCUUACCACUACAUCCCUUCAAAGCCGAAUGGUUGCUGUUAUUGUGAACCUUGCUGGACCCUUUAUGAUGCUGUCAUUGUCAUACGAGCCAUUAUUUUUAUUGGCAUUUUCUUCGAGUUUGCUCGCGUGGGUACGUACGGAAGAUAUGCUUUGGAAUACAAAGGAACAGUGGAUUACGUCAUUUUAUUCAAGAAACCAAACACCAUUUCGACCUGUUGGAAUCGAAGAUGUCAGACGAGCGACAAUAUUCGUGUUUUAUAUGCUUAUAUCAUUUUUCGGAACUGGAAAUCUGGCCACGGUUAGUUCAUUUGAUCCGAACUGGUUACGUUUUUUUAUAUCGACUUUUUCGCCGUUUGUUAUGACUGGUCUUAUCGUGUUUAAGCUGCUAAUACCACUGUUAAUUUUACUGUGUGUAUUGAGAGCAAUACAAAUCAUUACACAGGUUCAAACGCAGACAGUGUUUUUGCUGAUAUUCAUCAUCUGUAAUCUAACGUGUUUACAUUUUUUUUACUUGAUAAAAAAUAAGGGCUCAUGGUUGGACAUCGGUUUGUCAAUAUCGCAUUUUAUUAUAAUGGAAUGCACUACCAUCAUAUUGAUACUUUUGAAUGGUUGCGCGAAACUAAUAACAGAAGCCUCAAUCGCAAGCGACAUUUCUAAACCCAGAAACAAAUUUCAUUACAAGUUGCCAUAUAGCAGUAAGACGAAUAAAGACUGAAUAGUAAUGGUAAUAUAAGAUGAUAUGUACGAGACACUA